AUUUGGCUGGGACUGCGUCUCUCUCUCUGCAGCAGCAACACCGCAGGCGGUGGGCUAGUGGCUCAGCUUCCUUUCUAUUGCCUGCGCUGCGGACCUGCUCAACACGUUUGCUAUCUACUGCACGGCUACUCGAGACAGAGUAGCCAGGACAGGAUGGAUUUCUUAGCGAACAUCGGCAUCCCUGGCACCGAAUUCACCACAGGGAUAGGGUCGCUGAUCGAAAAAGCCACUUCCGAAUCCCUCGUCAACACGGACUGGGCUUUGAACAUGCAAAUUUGUGAUGAGAUCAACCAUCAGGGAGAUGGACCGAGUCACGCCGCGAAGGCCUUGAAGCGCCGUCUCAAGAGCGACAACCCGAAAAUUCUUGGGCUGACGCUAACUCUGUGCGAGACGACCAUGAAGAACUGCUCCAGGCCGCUUCACCGAGCUCUCGGCGCAAGAGAGUUUCUGGCAGAGGUCGCAGGGCUCUGCAACGGACAGAAGGGAUAUGAGGUGCGUAGUCGCGCUCUUGGCCUUAUCCAAGACUGGGGAAUCGCUUUCCAAUCGGACAGGAGCCUCGCUUACUCGGAAACAUACGGCCGCCUGAAGGCCCAGGGUGCUCGUUUCCCAGAGGCAACAGACGCAGCAACCACAGCCUUCACGCCUGCGGCGGCGUCUUACGGUGCCUCAUCCUCCUCGUCCGCAGCUAUGGCGGGCGCUGGUGGCGGUGGCGGAGGUGGUGGCGGUGGCGGUGGCGGGGGGGGAGGAGUGAGGAGUGCAGCCGAAGCGCCCCCCCAAACGAUGGAGAAGCUAGAAGAAGAUCUCCAGAUGGUGAAGGACAAGAUCACGUUGUGCCGUGAGAUGCUCCCCGAGUCGGCUGGCGUAGACAAGGACACGGCUCUGUCAGAGGUGGUCGGGUUCCUCGAGGCAUGCCGACCUAGGAUGGUUGAUCUUGUCGAGGCCGGGGUGGGCGGCGCGCUUGGAGAGGACACCUUCGCCAAGUGUCUACAGAUCAACGACGCGCUGCUUCGCACGCUAGACGCCGAGCGCGAGGGUACUCCUAUUGCGGUGGAGGAUGAUAUCUCGGGUGGAGCGGCACCACUGCUAGACCUCGAUGGUGGCAGCGAGGACCCCCUCAAGGGGAAGAUGUCAACCUUCUCAAUCGGCGAUGACGGUGACGAUUUCGCUGAGUUGCGGAAAGGCAAACCUCCCGCGGCUGCGGGGAAGGGCGCAAGUGGCAGCGUGACCAAGCUAGGAGCUGUCCCACUCAAAACACCAGCAGCAGAGCCUCCCAAAGCCACUCCUGCUGGUGACGAUGACCUCGACGACUUUUUGAACAGCCUCACCGACGAUGCGGGACCGGCAGCAGCAGCAGGGGCGGCGGAUGACAAGCUAGACGUCGAAGAGCUGGACAAGGUGUUGGGCUGAGCUAUGGCGCAGUUAUGCCCCCUCAGCAGCGGACUCGUGCAGUGGGCUGAGGACAAGCAGUAAAACCCGUUGAUUUUGAAGUAGCCUUACGAAUUGUGUGGUUGCCAUGCCAAUUGCCGAAAGCAACCCGGUGUGGUUGCUAACGUAUUUGGCAACCCAGCUCUGGCAUGACUUUUUGCACUCGAUACAUUUUUUUUUCCGAUGCGCGUUACGCGUUUAAAAGGGCUUGGCCUCUGGUUUUCGUUGGAUGGUGCAGCCUUGUAGGACUGUCAUCUCGUUUGAAUCUGAUGUUGCUUCCGUUGGCCAAAACGAACAACACCGCUUGCCUUGGUGUCUGUUUUCUGUUUUCUGUGGUCGUGGUAAGGGUUCCAGUAGCGUCUCGAAAUUGACUCUUCAUCUCAUCGAAUCUUGACCCGAAGCAUCUACAUACAAGUCGUGUGCUACAUCACCUUGUUACUAUUAUAGUUCCUAGACGUCCGUCUCCACCCUCCAGUUUUUAUUGUCUUGCAAGGCUAAACCUGUUUCAACAGAG